AGUGUUUGAAGUCGGACAUCACUUCCGUUCCUGCCAUUUUGCUGCUGAAUUCGAAGGCAAGCGCUGUAGCUGCGGCUUCUUGUCUGGGGACAUCCCUUAUUUUGUCAUAACGGUACUCUCUGCAAGCAAAUAAAUAAAUAAUACAAUUAUAAUCAAGGAACUUUCACCCAGGGAUAACAUUUCUGCAGAAUGUCAGAUUUCGACAGCAACCCGUUUGCAGACCCGGACUUUAGCAACCCCUUUCAGGAUCCCUCUGUGACACAGGUAACACGAAAUGCCCCCCCAGGAUUGGAAGAAUACAACCCUUUCACAGACACAAAACCAGCACCCCCCGGUGCUGCCCCCAAAGUAACCCCCACCAGCAACACACAGCCUGCCAUAAUGAAGCCCACAGAAGAGCCUCCAGCCUACUCACAGCAGCAGACACAGGACCAGGCCCGGGCCCAGGCGGAACUCAUGAAGCGGCAGGAGGAGCUGGAGAAGAAGGCCGCGGAGCUCGACCGGCGGGAGCGGGAGAUGCAGUCGCUCGGGGCGUCAGGAAGGAAAAACAACUGGCCGCCUCUUCCGGAGAAGUUUCCGGUCGGGCCCUGCUUUUACCACGAUAUCGCCGUAGACAUACCGGUGGAGUUUCAGAAGACCGUGAAAAUCAUGUAUUAUCUGUGGAUGUUCCACACGGGGACGCUGUUUGCGAAUAUCUUUGGCUGCCUGGCCUGGUUCUGUGUGGACCCAACAAGAGGAGUGGACUUCGGCCUGGCCAUGCUGUGGUUCAUGCUCUUCACCCCCUGCUCCUUUGUCUGCUGGUACAGACCCCUGUAUGGAGCCUUCAGGAGUGACAGCUCCUUCAGAUUCUUUGUCUUCUUCUUCAUAUACAUCUGCCAGUUUGGCGUGCACGUGCUGCAGGCCAUCGGCAUCGCCGGCUGGGGGGCGUGUGGCUGGAUUUCGGCGCUCACGGGACUGAACACGAGCGUUCCGGUGGGAAUAAUGAUGAUCCUCAUCGCGGCGCUGUUCACCGCGUCCGCCGUCAUCUCGCUCAUCAUGUUCAAGAAGGUGCACGGGCUGUAUCGCACCACGGGCGCCAGCUUCGAGAAGGCCCAGCAGGAGUUCGCCACCGGCGUCAUGUCCAACAAAACGGUGCAGACGGCCGCAGCCAACGCAGCCUCCACUGCUGCCCGGGGAGCCUUCAAGGGAGAGCAAAUCUGAGCCGCCCGAGACGCACCGUCGCCACCCCCCCCCCACCCCCCACCCCCCGACCCCACCCAACCGCACUCAUCGCCCCGCCCCCUCACAGUCACCCUCCGCCCUCCUGUCCAGUGUGGAGACUAGACUCUGCCUCUUUUUUAUGCACUCCAGUGACUGUGACUCCGCCCCUUUCACACGACUCCGCAUGUCUUUUAACCUGUCCUUUAGCGUGUGUGCAUGGGCUGAAAGCUGGAUGAUCGGGAAAGCUUGUCGCUUUCAGUCGCGUCCUCCAGUACCUCCGGGCUGCUGUCGGGGGCUCUCUGGCAGGAACGAGGCAGCCGAGAGAGGGACCCGCUGCUGAAACGGAGGGCUGCGUUAGCCCUCUGAGUGCGGGACAGGUAGUUAGGCCAGAGAGGACCCACAGAAGUCCCACCACUGUCCUCCGUCCUUCCUUUAAUGUCUCCCCUGUCCUCCAUCCGGUUAUUGUCCCUUACAUGUGCUGGAGACGUCCCCCUCUGUUCCUGUCAGCCGUCUCUAGUCCUGUGGAGUAUCACUCUAUUCCCUCUUGUCUUGCUGAAAUCACUCCCCUCUUUAGAAAUAGUAUGAUACCGUUUAUUUUGGGUAACCAUUCCCUUAGAGACCAAUGGCUGGCUGAAAUAUUUUUUUAAUAGUUUCCAUUGAAAAAUAUAACGACAAAUAAAUGAAAUCCCAUGAUGCAUCGUGCUGAAUGAAUGAAUGGCACACUGUUUAUAUUGUAGAUGCAUCUGUGUUAUUUAAUUUAAAAGCUCUGUUGCGGUAUGUGUAAUAUUUAUGCUUCUGGCACUAGCUUGCUGCAGUCAGCCCCGAGAAUUAAUACUGGAAAUUACAAACGGUGAAAUGCCUUCAGUGACUGCCUUAAGAUGAACACAGCUGCACUGAAGCAGUUCCAGACCUGCUGACACAGCGUACCAUGUGCACGGUCUGAGGUCAACAUAUGCAGGCAUGUUACCAUGCAAGAAACUGCACUAAAGCUUGAAGUUUGGUCCUUUAUUAUCUCCUUUUUUAGCUAUGUCCAGGAUGCUACGGGGGGGAAAUCCACAGGAGAGCGAGGCCCGGGCGCAUGGAAUAGCCACAGACGUUUGAAGUAAACCACAUUCCCUGCAAAACCGUCUGUUGUCUGAAAUUGUUUCCAUAGCUUAUAAAGUAUAGACAUGCAGAGUUUGUUUAAUGAGGUGUCAGAAAAUCGCAUGAACAUUCCAACCACCCUCAUGGUUGAAAAAAAUGUAGUUGUUCUGUGAAUUGAUACAUAUUGGCAAAUUUACCUAUAGCUGUAAUAGUAAGACGGUAAUAGCUGUGAAGCUAUAAUGUUUAUUUGUUUAUCUUUAAAAAGACAGAGAAGGUCCUUUUCCCCUCAUUAUAUCAAGGAUGCAUCUGCAGCCACACAUUUCAUUGAGUUCAUCUACUUGAAUACAGCCGUUACUGAUGAAAGCUACAGUGUGCACCAUGAAGCACAUUUACUCCUGCAGCCGAAUCAGGAGUGUCAGGUUAAAGCAUUUUUGAGCCAUGUGUGUUUCCCUUGCUCUCGGUUCACUCUGUGGGAUGCAGACAGGCAUCGAGGCGGAGAGCACACUGCUCUGCCAUUAACCUGGAAUCUAAAGGGUGCAUCUAAGGUAGCAAGGUAAUCAAAUCUUGGAAUGCUCUGCCACACUUUCAGGCACUGUUCUGGUGUCUGUUUCAGAUGGUCUAAAAGAGCCUGGAUUACAAUAACACUUCCCUGCCUGAAUGAGAGUUGUUUCCCUAAAUAAUUUCUGUGGUCCUUUUUGAUCUCUUUUCCAUCACACCACUCCUACAUUACCCCUUCACUCCUACAUACCACUUCUGCAAUCAAUUGUUAGAUUUGAAUGGUGUCAAAGCACUCCUUCAGAUCUGACAACUCUUGCCUUCAACAGUCUGGUUUUUUGCAUAUUAUUUUUCUUACCCCAAUGGGAUAAUUCCAUGGGAGGAAAUGUACACCACUGUGCAAAAUGACAAACCCUAGCUCAGAGUAAAUGGGCCAAAUAUAUGGAAAAUGACUCUACAGUUGUGACAGGUCUGUAGUUCUCUGGGCUUUGCUUCAUCCUCUUUUUGUACACAGUUCAUAUGUACUCUGAUCUACAGACAGCCCAUAAAUAGGCCACACCCCCAUGUUUGGGGAAAACAGUCUAUUACACUGCAUAGA